CGCAAUGAUUCUUGCCAAUAAGUUACUCGAUGGUCUCACAGCUGACUACAGCUGUAUUUUCUCCUCACAAAUCAGUUCCAAAACUGGAAAACUGAUAACUAUUUAUAAACAUGAAAAUGUAUCUGCAACUGCUGACUUUGGUCUUAGUUUGUCUGUUGGACCUUUAAUUUAUGCCUUGGCCGUCGUGGAUUAUCAAGGAUGGUUGAGUGAUUAUCAGACAUUCUUUGACUCACAGAGAAACAAACUCACAAGGAAUAAUUUUGCUCUUGGAUUUACUGCUUCUGAUUUUAUCCUUUAUAGCGUCGUGGAUAAUGAUCGUGAGUUUAAUAGCUCCAUUUAUCAUAAAAUAAAAUCGGAUUUGGAAGGAGCAAUCAAUUUGGCAUACAAUAAAUAACCAUAAUAAAUAUUCCUAC